AUGCUGUUACUGAGCUCCGUGCACGCCAGCCCGCUCACGCCAACGGGAGCGCGCACGGCGGUGCUGAAGGAGGAGAUGCGGGGGGAGGAGGCGGUGGUGGUGCUGGAGGAGGAGGCGGUGGUGCUGGAGGAGGAGGUGCGGGGGGAGGAGGUGAUGGUCGUGCUGGAGGAGGAGAGACCUUUGGAGAUGCCUCCGCCUGUGCGCGUCCGCCUGUCCGCCGAGACGAGAUUUGAACACUUUUUGUCUAUUUCAGAUUUUGUGGAAGAAUCACUGCUGGACGAUUACGCAGAUGUACUGGACCUCAUCAGAGUUACCAUCAGUCGACUACACCGCUCCUCCUCCACCUCCUCCACCUCCUCCACCUCCUCCACCUCCUCCACCUCCACUCCCUCUGACACAACCUCCAGGACUAGACACAGACGGGCCAAGAAGCGGGGCCCGCCUGCCCAGAAGAGGAGGGGUGUGGUGGGGCAGCGUGCGAGAGGAGGGCGGGGCCAGGGCUGCGCGCUCAAACAGGUGCAGCUCAACGUGACGGACCUGGCGCUCGGCUACCGCUCCGGCGAGGAGAUGAUUUUCAGAUACUGCGCAGGACCGUGCAGGAAAUCAGAGACAAACUACGACAAAAUCCUGUCGAACCUGGUCCAGGGCAAGAGACUGCCCCCUAAAGACCGCCCCGCCCAGACCUGCUGUCGCCCCGUCGCCUUCGACGACGACCUCUCGUUUUUAGACGACAACCUGAUCUACCACACCAUGAGGAAGCACUCUGCCCGGAAGUGUGCGUGUGUGUGA